GAAGGUCACAGUGGUCCGACCCUGGAGUCCAUGCAGGCUGUGUUAGACCUGAAUUCCUUCAGGCCAGCAGUGAACCUCAGCAAUCCCACCAUUACCAACAUCUCCUUCACCCUCUACGCUGUCCUGGGAGUGAACGAGAAGACCCAGAUUCUCACUACUUUCCUGUGGCUCAGACUGUACUGGCUGCAUGAGUUCCUGGUCUGGGACCCUGAGGAGUGUGAUGGCGUCACUAGGAUUUCCCUCCCCGUGAAGGAGCUUUGGUCUCCUGACAUCAUCGUGUAUGAAUUUGUGGAUGAUGACGUCUCCCAAGCGUGUCCAUACGUCUACGUCAACCACACGGGUCACAUCCGCUGGGACAGGAUGCUGCGACUCGUCUCGGCCUGCAACCUGGAGAUCUUCAGUUUUCCCUUCGACGUGCAGAACUGCACAUUCACGUUUGGCUCCUACAUGCACACCAUACGAGAUGUGAGGCUCAGUCCAGCACUGACCUUCGAGGAGAUAUCUGUAAACUCCAAGCGUUACCUGGAAGCCAGCGGAGAAUGGGAGCUGGUGGACAUACUGGGAGAGACGUCCAUCCUCCAGUUUGGGAUCGACGAGUGGGACAUCAUCACCUUCUGGGUGGUCAUCAAGCGGCGCCCAGUCCUCUACGUGGUCAACCUGCUCAUCCCCAGCUCCUUCCUCAUGCUCAUCGACAUCCUGUCCUUCUACCUGCCCCCCCACAGCGUGGACCGCGCCUCCUUCAAGAUGACCCUCAUCCUGGGCUACACCGUCUUCCUGCUCAUCAUGAAUGACCUGCUGCCCAGCACAGCCAACGGCACGCCCAUCAUAGGCAUCUAUUUCUCAGUGUGUCUGGCCCUCAUGGUCAUCAGUCUGCUGGAGACGGUCAUCAUUACCAAUGUCCUGCACAACAACUCCAAGAAAUAUCAAGAGGUUCCAAACUGGGUGAGGGUGAUUAUCCUCAAACACAUCGCCAACCUCAUCUGCUACCCCUGGCCGGAGGGCGUCCGGCCCCCUUCCCCCCCACAGGAGGAUAAACCUCAGAGCUCAGGCCCGUUGGUCGUUCAACACACCGACCAGUCACCUGCCAAGCAAACAACCAACAGUGGAGGUACUCUUACAGUCGCUCUGACUGAGCUGCAGCAGAUCUGUCAGUUCCUGGCCGACCUCCGCGCCCACCUCGCGUCGCUGAAGAAGGAGGGCGAGCUGCAUGACCAGUGGUGCCACGUGGGAUAUGUCCUCGACUUCCUGCUCUUCCGCAUCUAUCUGCUGCUCAUAUCCUGCUACUUCAUUGUCAUCAUCACCAUGUGGUGCAUCUGGAUCAACCAGACUUGA